AUGAGUGAACAUCUUCCGGCGCUCCCAAGCCUCGGGGGGGAGAAAAAGCUCGGCCGUGCGUCGCAGUAGCUUCCCGGUGACGCUCAAUCCUAACGGUACUGUCGCGGAGGACGUCGGAGUCCUGGAGGUUUUAGGACACCUUGUUACAUCUGAUUCGGACGAGGGAGGCAUCCGGCAUUUGUCUCGUGUGGCGUAAGAACGUCGUGGCUGAAAAACAAAAACAAAACAAAAACAAAUAUCUAACUGUUUACUUUAAAACCCCCAUCUUACUCGGUACUUUAUGUGAAAGCCUGCUUAAUCGCAAGAAAUAAGAACGAAACAAACAAGCAAAUAAAGUAGACACGAUGUUGGGGCAAGGGUUGUGGUGAACGCGCCAUCAGUGUCGCUCUUCAGCAUGCGAUAAGGAGACGGAAAGAAAGGAUCGCAGAGCAGUUAAACCUCGACAGAAGCAUGACGUCGAGAUCCAUGCUUCAUCUCAGUUCCGGGAUGAAUGUCUUCUUGGUUACGGUGUUGUGGUCGAUAACACUGGCGGUGGCGGAGGACCAAGGCGAUCCACGUGUCAUGGUGUUGUCCUCCUUGGCCAAGAAGCUUGCCAGUGACACGAGACGCGAGGCAGUGUCUGACAUGACCACAGCCACGCGUCAUGAGGAAAUCUUGCGUGGUCUGUCUUUGUCAAAGGCGCAGGUGCAUCCCUGGCCGGUUCCAAUGGGCGCCUGGUUUCGCGGAGGGCGUCUCCAGCGGCCCGAAGACCUUCACCGGCCACGCCCCUCUCGAAAGGUGCCCCUGGAAGGCGACCCGAGUAACGACAUCCAAAAGGUGUUUCGACAGGAGCCCGAAGCGGAAGACUUCCCUCCCGCCGCAGGGAAGUCCUUCCACAACUCCAGCGGAAAGGGGAUCCUUCGAGGUCCGGCGGCGUGGGAUCUGGACUCCGCUCUCGCUUCGGAGGAGGCCAACUACUCCCUCAACGCGACGGAGGAGACGGAGGAGGAGCUCGACCGUCGACAAGGCUCUGCUCGUGAAGGGGGUCCUACCGAGGAGACCCUUGUUGACGACAGCGUGGUUCAGGAGCCGGUCGUUCUGCCCGUGACGGAGGGCAAGAACCGCGGAGGGCAUGACUACGGCCUGCCCAAGGAGCUUAUGCCCAUCCAUCCCGGGGGCGGCUCCAAGUUCGAGGAUCUUGAGAAAGAGAAACUGGAAAGAGCCAAGAUGGCGCAGACGAAGCUGGAAGACGAUGACACAGAAAACGGGAAUUCGUACGAUGCGGAGGGACUAUACAGUUCUGCGUCUCUGCCAUCCCUCUCGACUCAUCUCCUUGAAAUCAUCGUCUGUGUGAGAAUAGCUGCUUAUAUUUCACAUUCCAUAUUUCUUCCAGCUAAUCUAGACUCCAUAAUCUUUCAUAUUUCAGCGAUGUAAUUCAAUGCGACCCCAUGUAGCAUAGUUUAAUACGACAAACUAAUUUAUAAUAUUUUUAGAGUUCAAAAUAUAACAAAAACUAAUGUAUAUGCAGUUUAUAUAGCUAAGCGGACGUUUAUUCUAUCAUGCUGUGGACACUGUUGAUGCGCAGUUAUUUUUUUCUAUUGUGUGACCAGUUAGUUCUAUGUAUUAAAAGUAUCAAUGUGUUGUUCUUUGUUUUAAUAUAAU